UCAUCGCAGCAGUCUUAGCCAGUCUUUCCAUGUUUCACUUGAUACGUAUUACGUUUUAUUAUUGCAGACAGGUUAAUUGACAGUGAGAACGAUGGAAUCCAGUGAUACAAGAGAUUGUGCCAUCAGGGUGAAAGAGGAGCCUCGUGACGAGUCACCUAUUUAUAAUGAUUCCGAGACAGUUGAGGAAAAACCCGAUCUGAAAAACUUCCAACUCUUAUCAUUUCCUCGAAAAAAUUCAAUUGAUACCCUUCGAAAUUGUGACAUUAAACUUGAAAGUGAACUUGAUAAAGAUAUGGAAAUAGUUUUUGAAUGUGAAGAUGUGAAGCCCAAAAUCAAUUCUCCAGUAGUCAAGAAAAUUGAUGAUGAUUCACAAAAUUGCGAUCUGAAACAAGAUAUUGUCGGUGACGUGGCAGAAGGAAUGAAACUGAAUUUUGAUUGCGAACUUAGUGAAAAAAAUAAAAAAAGAAGAAUUGCAAAAACGGUGAACAAAGAACAUAAAAACAAAUCAAAUAUCAAUGCAAAUCAUAAUGAUACAAUACAUGCAUGUGAAACACGGGGAAAGAAAUUUUCACAUGAGACCAGACUGAGUAGGCAUGUCAAAUCAUUACAUCAUUGUUUUACUUACUUUUGUGAUAUAUGCAGUAAGGCAUUCACACAAAAAUAUAAUCUCAAAACCCACAUUGACUCGUUGCACAAUGGUGUCACAUACACGUGUCAUAUAUGUGGAAAAACGUUUACUCGGAAAGGUAGUCUUAAACUCCACAUCGAUUCGGUACACAAGGGUUUUACUCACCCAUGUAAUAUUUGCGGAAAGUCAUUUAGGCACAAAAUUAGUCUUAAAAUCCACAUCGACUCGUUGCACAAUACUGUCACACAUACGUGUCGUACAUGUGAAAAAACGUUUACUCGGAAAGAUAGUCUCAAACUCCACAUCGAUUCGGUACAUAAGGGUUUUACUCACCCAUGUAAUAUUUGCGGAAAGUCAUUUACGCUCAAAAUUAAUCUUAGAACCCACAUCAACUCGUUGCAUAAUACUGUUACACAUACGUGUCAUACAUGUGGAAAAACAUUUACUCGGAAAAGUAGUCUCAAAAGACACAUCGGUUCAGUAUGUAAUCACCCACACCUGUGA